CGUUUUGUUAUUUAGUUCAAUUCAAUCAUUCGUUCGUUUCUUGACUACGGUAGUUUUAGCUAAAGAAAAGGCAAUAAAAUAUUUUAGGAAGGAAAGAUAUUAUUUUCUAGUUUUCUUUGCAUUCAAAAACCAUAAAUCUAAUUCAGAAGCAUCCGCUAUGUCUCACACAAUUUUGCUGGUACAGCCUGGUCCAAGGCCUGAAACAAGGACAUAUUCGGAUUACGAGAGCGUAAAUGAUUGCAUGGAGGGCGUCUGCAAGAUUUAUGAAGAACAUUUAAAAAGGAGAAACCCUAAUACUCCUACUAUAACCUAUGAUAUUUCACAACUGUUUGAUUUUGUUGAUCAGUUGGCUGACCUUAGUUGUUUAGUAUACCAAAAAUCAACAAACACAUAUGCGCCAUACAAUAAAGACUGGAUUAAGGAGAAAAUAUAUGUGUUACUACGCCAAGCGGCUGGGCAGAGCGACUAGCUUAUAAGCUGUAUGUAGUAUUAAGUAAACAUGGUCCAACAUAACUGAAAUAUGUGUACAAUAAGAGAUAUAACAUUUAAAACCACAGAGAACACACUUAACAGGCAUUCUUCUCUUCCCUCCUGGCUCUAGUCCCAGUUGCAUCCUCACCACUCUGGAGAGGAGCCUGGGGUAUGCCUUUCAACGUAGAUCCUAGGUUGGGCGAGUCAGGUUUUUACAUGAAGCAACUCUUGUCUGAGGUCCGCAACCUUUGCAGGAGAACCUAACCAGUAUUGGAUCUAUCAUGGCUACACAUCCAGUUGCCUGAAUGUGCAGGUUUCCUCUCAAUGUUUUCCCUCACGGUAAGAGCAGCAUCAUGUUUAUGAAUGACCCCAAAGGAACUAUUUGUCAAGGCUAUCUGAGAUCAGUUGAGUUUUACAAACUUUUUUAAUUCAGAUGUCAUAUCAACCUGCCUUAAUGGUAAACAAGUGUCAGGUUUUCUAUGUACCUAUGUGGUAUCAGGGCCCUUUGUUAGGAUCUAAGAGGGGGAAAGAGACGAUAAUUAGACACUACCUUAUGCUUAUGACAAGGUACUGCUGACUUCAAAAAGUACUGGUAUGCUAAGUAAAGUCCGAGUACUGAAAUUGGACAUUGUCGAAGGAUCAUGUCUUAUUACGAGGCACUAAGUACUGGUAUUAACCUUAAACAGUACUGGUACACAAACCUUAUUAAGGACUGGUACGAUAACCUUAUAAAAUACCGGUACUAAUUGAGGUACCCAAACCAUAUAUAUAUGUAUAUGUAACUAUGGAGCUGAAACUUGGGUUGAAAGCUCAUAGGAAGUAAAUUUUUUUUACAGUCAAUAUAAAAUAUUUGCUUUUAUAUGAAUCAGUUAUGUUGGAGCAUGUUCAUGUGUAUGCAAUUUGAAACGUUAAAAUUUUUGUAUAUUGCAAUUUUUUUUUGCUCGGCUGAGGUUUGUAUUCUACAUUAUCAGGAUGCAUACAUUAUAAGGAAUUUCCCAUUGGCCUUCUAUUGUCUGCCCAAUGCUACUUCAGCGAGCUUAUUUAUAGAAUUCUAAUGGAGGUUAAUUUGCCGUGCCAACGGCAUUUUAUCUUAUUUCCCUUUUACUAAUUGUUAUGGCUAACUUCCGAUCUUUUACUGUUUGGGCUAAACUCCGAGCAAGAGAGCAAAGAAAGAUAAUGCUAUGACUUGUUUACUUGUUCCUCCUGGCGUUAGUUUCGGUUACAUCCUCACCACUCUGGAGAGGAGCCCGGAUUUCGCCUUUGAGUGAAUCAGGUUUUUACACGAAGCGACUCCCGUUUGACCCUCGCAAACUUUGCAGGGGAACAUUGGUUAGCACGCGAAGCUAAUGUGGCAUUGGUACAUGGCCAGGGUAGGAUUUGAACCUGUGACCCACACGCAUUUCUCUAUAUCUAUGACUUGUUUACUUUAGUAAUUAACUUUGCUGUGGGCUUAUGUUGCUAUUCACGCUUAAUCUUUAAAAAAGGUAACAUCAGUCUUUUCAGUUUCGAUAGCGAGUCGUCAUGAGACAUACAUAAUAUGUCAUCAACCUUCGUGAAUAGCCAACUAUUGGCUUAUUAUCUGUGAUCUUCGUUCCAUGCUCACCUCAAAUACUGCCUCUUCUUACCAUAAUAGAGGGAUAAGUAAAUAGUUUGUUGGCUUAAUGUUUUAUAACAUUAAAAAGUCCCCUUUUACUGCUUUCAAGGCUUCUAUGGCGCAGCGGUAGCGCGUUAGGGCAAGAUGUGUGUGACAAACUCUUAAAAGUAGUAUCGUUGAGUUAGUAUCUCGUAACACAAGUCUCGAACUUACUUCGUUGCUAACUCAAUCUGUGUAAUUUAUCCCGUAUAUAUAUUUAUUUACUGUUGAAAAAUGCAUACACAUUGAUUUUAUUAAAUAUAUGUAUUCAUACGUAUUUUCUAUCUAAGCGCUACUGGAUGUGUCACAUUUUUGUUUAUUUUUUUUUAAUCAUAACCCUUUUGACAUUCAAAAGAUAAUGAUUAUUGUAAUAUUUUGCUUUAAGAUGUAGUUUAAAGUGUUGAAGUGGCAGAUAACAUUUUCGUAGCCUUAAUAUUGUAACUUACAGUAUAAAUUUAAAAUUAUAAAUGAUUCUAUUCGUUUAGAUAAGUAAGACUUUUUCAUUUCUGUGACAUAAACAUAGGAUUAGAAUAUUUUCUCAUGAAAAUUUGUGUUUUAUAAAAAAAUAAAAGUAUCAACAAGGCAUCGGUUUGUUAUGUUGAUUGGAUUAAGUCAAAUUGAUUUUGUUUAUAAACACUAAUGUAAGUCAAGAUAUUUUUAAGUCACUGCGUUAUGUAAUAAAACUUUUGUGAUUA